CUCCUUAUCUUUGCUUCAACAAACUUUAUCUUGACGACCAUAAUGUCGGCAAUGCGUCUACCUUUGAUUCUUCUCUUUGUACUCUUACGCUCUUGUAUCUUUGCUUCAAGCGUCUUCCUCAUAAAAAAUCCUGUUGAUGGUCUUGUUCCUUGUCACCCUCAGCACAUUCAAGCCCUUACACAGUUCAAGAACGAGUUUGAUUCCAGCGGUUGCAACCAAACUGACUACUUCAAUGGAGUCUGGUGCGAUAACACGACGGGAGAGGUCACGAGACUAAAACUACCAGAGGGCUGUCUCAGGGGAACUCUGAGUUCCAACAGCAGCCUCUUCAGUCUGGAUCACCUCAGAUACCUUGAUCUCUCUUACAACAACUUCAACUCCUCAGUUCCUUCUGAAAUCGGCAAUCUCAACAUAUUAGAGGUCUUGAUUCUUUCCUCUAAUGGCUUCAUAGGUCAAAUUCCUUCCUCAUUUAGCAACCUAAGUCAGCUAUUUUUUUUAGACCUUUCCCAUAACGAGCUCACUGGUGGUUUCCCACUUGUACAAAAUCAAACAAAACUCAACUAUUUAGACAUUUCCUAUAAUCACUUAUCCUCUAAAACUUUGUAUCCCAAAAGUAGCCUAUUCAUGUUGCAUCACCUUCGUUACCUUGAUCUCGCUUCCAACAACUUCAGUUUCUCAUCAAUCCCUUCUGAAUUUGGCAAUCUCUUUAGAUUAGAAGUCUUGUUUCUUUCCUCCACCGGCUUGACUGGCCAAGUUCCUUCCUCAUUUAGUAACCUAAGUCGGCUAACUAAGUUAUCCCUUGACCAUAACGAACUCACUGGUACCUUAGAGCCUAUCUCAAAGCUCACCACCCUCGACUUUCUCUGCCUAUCUUUCCUAAAAAUAAGCUACCCAUUUGACUUAAACCUCUUCUCUUCUCUCAAAUCUUUGUUGGUCCUAGAUUUUUCCGGUAAUAGUAUAUCACCAGAUAGUUUAAGUUCAGAUUCAGGCAUCCUGUUGAACUUGCAGAAACUGGACUUGUCGGGAUGUGGCAUCACUCAAUUCCCAAACUUCUUAAAAAACCUUCAUAACUUGGAGCUUAUAAACCUUUCCAACAAUAAUAUCAGUGGAAAAGUUCCCGAGUGGUUGUGGAAGCUUCCUCGUUUGAGCGCUUUGGCUCUUGUUAAUAACUCUUUCACAGGUUUUGAAGGUUCGGUGGAACUUUUAGUAAAUUCAUCGAUUAGCUUUUUAGAUUUGGCUUUAAACCAUUUUAAAGGACCAUUUCCAAAUCCACCACACUCCCUAAAAUCCUUAUCUGCAUGGAACAAUAGCUUCACAGGAAACAUACCUCUUUCAAUCUGCAACCGAAGCUCUCUUGAUCUUCUUGAUCUAUCCUACAACAAAUUCACCGGUUCAAUCCCUCCAUGUCUGAGUAACUUUCAAAGCUCUCUCAUUGCUGUGAACCUCCGGAAGAAUAACUUGGAGGGAAAUCUUCCAGACAUGUGCUAUGAUGGUGCCUUGCUUCGGACACUUGAUGUUGGUUACAAUCGACUAACGGGGAAACUUCCAAGAUCUCUCUUGAAUUGCUCCCGUUUAAGGUUUCUGAGUGUUGACAACAACAGAAUCAAGGACACGUUUCCUUUCUGGCUCAAGGCUUUGCCUUAUUUGCAAGCUCUUACCCUCCGUUCAAACGAAUUCUACGGCCCUAUAUCGCCUUCUGAUCAAGGUUCAUUUGCAUUCCCCGAGCUGCGCAUACUUGAAAUAGCAUAUAACAACUUUUCAGGGAGCUUGCCCCCAGAUUACUUCGUAAACUGGAAAGCAUCAUCGCUCGAUGAAGAUGGGAGGUUGUAUAUGGAAGACAACAGUUCUGCUUUAUAUGUCUAUCAAGAUACCAUAGACUUGCAAUACAAAGGUCUAAAGAUGGAGCAAGCGAAGAUACUUACUUCCUACUCAACCAUUGAUUUUUCUGGAAACAGACUUGAAGGACCGAUUCCUGAAUCUAUUGGUCUCUUGAAGAAACUGAUUGCACUCAACUUAUCCAACAACGCCUUCACAGGACAUAUCCCUCUAUCUUUGGCAAACGUGACGGAGCUCGAGUCACUUGAUCUAUCAAACAACCAACUCUCAGGGACUAUUCCUAAAGAACUCGAGAAGCUGUCAUUUCUUUCGUACAUAAGUGUAGCUCAUAACCAACUCAAAGGAGAAAUACCACAAGGAACACAAAUCACUAGCCAACCUAGAUCCUCCUUUGAAGGGAAUGCAGAGCUUUGUGAUUUUCCUCUCAAGGGAAGUUGCUUCCGGACUAUCGCACCACCAAUGCAACAACAAGAGCAAGACAAAGGAGAAGAAGUGUUGAACUGGAAAGCCGUAGCAAUAGGGUAUGGGCCUGGACUGUUGCUUGGUUUGUUACUAGGUCAAGUUAUGGCUUCAUACAGGCCGGAGUGGCUCAUCAAGAUAACAGGUCUGUAUAAAUUCAGAAACCGUUAGGACCAUUUUGCGUUUGAUCUUUAAACGCAUGUCAAUUCGCUGCUGGCCUUGCAAUGAAGUAGUUCCUCGGGAUUACUUUUUCUUUGUAUCCUAUUCCUAGCCCAAAGCAUUGUUGUUCUAUGUCAUAUAUUCCAUAACGUAAGAUAGCUAAAAUUUAUGUCGUAAUUAUAUGAACAUCUCUAUUUCUCAGGGUAUGUGUUGAUAAAUUGAUGUAUUUCUAUGCCACAAACAUAUGAGACACACACUUCAUCUCCGCAGUGAGUGGAGAGCUCAUAUAUAUGCUUUCUUGCAUUCAGUGUGCUUCUCUGUGUGGUAGAAUAGAGAAGCACAGGAAACAUACAAAGGAAUUGUCAAUGAUUUGGACCAUACACAAAUGUUCAGACUUUCUCAGAUAUUUGACUAUAUGUAACUCAAUUACAACUAAAAACCUUUUUUCCUAUGUUUUCAUCUUUUAAUACCAUCAUCUGUUAACAUAACAGAGAGAAAACAGAGCCAUGCUAU